AUGACGGCUGUCACAGACGAAAUAUUUGCUUCCUGGUUUGCAGUCCUGCAGGGCUUAUUCAACGACAUGUAUGCACGAGAAGCCGCGAGGAAUCUCGCUUCAAUCUCCUCAUCAAUAGAACCUGAAGCAGGUCUUGGUCGUCUUUGGGGUCUGAUCUCUAACUCUCUAAGCUCCUAA